UGGCGUUAUAAAUAAAACCUUGGAAUAUAUGCUGAUGGUCACUUAAGAAGCACGGAAAAAGCAUACAACCUAUGGAGAAGAAAAAAAAAAGAUCUUCUCCCCCACAAAUGUGUAUUCUGAGCACAAACGGGCCAACGUGGUGGUGCGCGUUUCUCGGUCCAUUCAGAAGAUUUGUUAGGGAGUGGUUAGCGCAUGCGCACUCGCAUGACAACAAGUGGCUUGUCACUUUGUAACAGAACUGCGGAACGUGUUGCUGACGUCACCGGCCCAGCCAGGUGGCAUUCCGAGUGGCAAGGCGCGCGCAAAAUUCCAACUCAGAGCGCAUAGCGGAUCCGAGAGGAGCGCAGUUUCAACAUGUCUUCGGCACAGGUCUCCUCGUCGAGGAGACAGUCGUGUUAUCUGUGCGAUUUACCGCGUAUGCCGUGGGCUAUGAUUUGGGAUUUUACGGAGCCCGUGUGCAGAGGUUGCGUGAACUACGAGGGCGCGGAUCGGAUCGAGUUUGUCAUUGAAACCGCACGCCAUCUGAAACGCGCUCAUGGCUUCCAGGAGGGGAGAUCCCCGGGUCCCGCACCGACGCCUGCGGCCAAGGCACAAGCGGGGAUGUCAUCCAAGGAGUCGGUGCAGCUGAAUCACGUAGAUGGUGUAUCCAAACAACAGCAGCAGCAGCCCGGGUUGGACCGUUACGCACUAAAUACCGAGCGAUCGCGCUUUGAUUAUUCCAGCAUUGGCGCACACAGGCUUCCCAACGGGCUCGGUGGACCAAACGGCUUCCCCAAAUCAGACGAUGGUCCACCUGAACUGAACAGACAGAGCCCUAACUCACGUCGGACCCACGGGCUGGUGGCAGUGUCGGGUCAGAUGAGUGUGCCGCCGAAUUUGCUUCCGCAGACACUGUUGAACGGCCCACCAUCAGCGGCGAGUAUAGCCCAGCACAGCAUGACCGGACGAGCCCCUCCACCUCCGGCCAGCAUCGGACUGUCAGAACAAGGUAAAAGACCCGGAUCCGUGUCCAGCACUGAUCAAGAGAGAGAUUUGAAAGAGAAACAGCGUAACGCAGAGGCGCUGGCAGAACUUGGUGAAAGUUUGAGGAACAGAUCAGAGGACUGGUCAAACAAACCCAAGAUAGUGAGGGAAACAUUGAUAACACUUUCCAACUGCACCCCGUUUGAUGUGAGAUUCAAGAAAGAUCAUUCCCUUUUGGGCAGAGUGUUUGCUUUCGAUGCCAUUUCUAAGCCAGGCAUGGACUAUGAACUAAAAAUAUUCAUUGAAUACCCCAGUGGAUCUGGUAAUGUGUUUUCCAGUGCGUCUGGUGUGGCCAAACAGAUGUAUCAGGACUGCAUGAAAGACUUUGGCAGAGGGCUUUCCUCUGGGUUUAAAUAUCUGGAAUAUGAGAAAAAGCACGGUUCGGGUGACUGGCGACUCCUGGGUGAUUUACUACCGGAGUCUGUGCGUUUCUUUAAAGAAGGACUCGGUGGUGAAAUGCUGCCCCAGCCGUACAUCGACGCCAGCUGCCCUCUGUUGCCCUCGGCGCUGGUGAACAUGCCCCGGGCUGUUGCGUCGGGCAGCGCGCUCAGGACGGGCGUGCGUAAACGCAAAGCCUCUCCAGAACCGGACUCCGCGGAGGGUGAGCAGCAGAGGCAGCAGUGGAUGGCGAGUCAAAGUGAAGCACUCAAGCUGACCAUGGCAACCGGAUCAUUCACAGCCUCUCACGGCGGACCUCCACCCCACGGAUCGGUCCACUCCAGCCGAGCCACCCCACCCGAAUCCGCCCCCCAGAACGGACAGUCCCCGAUGGCUGCGCUCAUGUCGGUCGCAGACACUCUGGGUAACGCGCACUCACCAAAGGACAACAACUCCGUGCACUCCACCACAUCCAACAGACACAACAGUAGCAGCCCGGUCUCCCCCGCUUCUGUGUCCGGACAGCGGCGUUUAGCCUCACGGAACGGGGAGAUCAGUCUAACAGGAACACCUUCUCAAUCCGGUUCGCACCAGGGCAUGGACCAGGUGCACCCUCAGAACAUUCCAGACUCGCCUAUGGCAAAUAACGGCCCCUUGUGUUGUACUAUCUGCCACGAACGUUUAGAAGACACACACUUCGUUCAGUGCCCGUCUAUUCCCAACCAUAAAUUCUGUUUCCCGUGCUCCCGGGAGAGCAUCAAAGCGCAGGGGGCCACUGGAGAGGUAUACUGCCCCAGCGGUGAGAAGUGUCCCCUGGUAGGGUCAAACGUGCCUUGGGCGUUCAUGCAAGGCGAGAUAGCGACCAUUUUAGCCGGGGAUGUCAAAGUAAAGAAAGAAAGAGACCCUUAAAUAUACAUAUAUAUAUACUUCCUGUAUCAGAAACAGGUCUGGAAACCUAGUGAGUUGCGUACCGAGACAGCAUUUUUGGGCAUCACAAGUGUGCGCAGCGCUAAUGCUGCGUUCAAACGCGUUUAUCAUGCGUAAAGAUGCCGCCUAGGUAGCUAGCUCACUACGUUUUGAGAUGUACCCUACUUGUUGUGAAUAUUGAAGUUACAGAAAUAGUCCCAAGUGUACAGAGACACUCGCGCUUCUCCAUGUGUCGGAGGAAGCAGAGUGUGCGUGGAAACGACGGCACUUUUACGGUUUACGUUAACGUUUCUAUUCGAUUUCAUACUUAUUUUCCACAUCUACAUGUACAAACCCAAGCAAAAAAAUAAACAAAAUAUUAUUAACGAAUACAUUUUUUUUUUUUUUUUGUCGUAGGUAUAACAAACGAAGUGAGUCUAAGAGAGGGCAUUGUUUGUUUCUUGGUCCCGUCAUUUUUUUUUUUUUUUUUUUUGUACUAUCCCGUGGUCUGAGAAUACAGAUAUAUUUUAGUACGUGUUUUCAUUCUCUCUAUUUUGCUUUAAAAGUUGCACGGAUGCUUUAGUAGAGCAAAAAAAUACUGUAAAUGACACAUGAUAUGCUCUGUUUGUUUAUACAUAUUUCUGUAGUAACAGAAGACUUGUAACGUGCCUUGGAGCUGAGUAAAUUGUAAUAAAUUCAUUGAUACUAA